AUGUCAGAAAGCCGAUCUGUAUCGCUCAAUUCCCAGCAAGCGAUACUUUCGCGGGCUCUUCUACUAUCCGUUUUAUUAACAGGCUCAAUUUUGACCGGUUAUGCGUUAUUCAACAAGCACUUGAAGCAAUACACAAGAGCCACUCAGAUCCCUUUAAGCGCUUUCAGGAAAAAAUGGCUUUAUGGAAAAGUUACAGCUGUGGGGGAUGGUGACAACUUUCAUUUGUUUCACACUCCAGGUGGCAUUUGGGGUGGAUGGGGCUGGCUCAGAAAAGUGCCAAAACUAGAUAAAGUAGACGAAGACCGUAAAGACUCCAUCAAUUGGCUUCUGAGUGCCUUUUCUAAAAACAGAAUAAAGGAAAAAGACAAGUUUCUAGCAUUGAGCGUUCCUUACAAAGGCAAAAGAAGUUUACCGACAAUAUCCAUACGCCUGUGUGGAGUCGAUGCGCCAGAGAGAGCUCAUUUUGGCAAUGCUGCACAGCCGUUUAGCGAAGAAGCCCUCAUAUGGUUGCGACACACGAUAUUGGGGCGAACUGUAUCAGUAAAACCUCUGGCUAUAGACCAAUACAAUCGCUGUGUUGCAAAAGUAGAGUUUUGGACCUGGACCGGAUGGAAAAACCUCAGUCUUGAAAUGGUCAAAAAUGGCCUAGCUGUUGUUUAUGAAGGGAAGACCGGUGCCGAAUUUGAUUCAGAAGAAGAUAUAUAUGUUUUCCAUCAGGCUUUGGCCAAACAACAGCGCAAGGGACUUUGGAGCUUAAAAAAAAUGGAGACGCCCGGUGCAUACAAGAAAAGAACAAGCUGA